UACCUUGUAAUCCCGCGUAUGGUCGUGAAGCAGAAUAAUUCCAUAGAAAACGACAACGUUUGCAGAGAUUGCGCGUCCUCCUUGUACUCGCCGAGAACUGGCUCUAAUGAAACCAAUCGUACACGCGAACUUUUCAACGUCCGCCUCCCCAUCAAAAUAAUUUUCUUUCGACCCAGAUUUCUGUAGGCUUAAAUUUGCCGUCUUCUCCGUUUCAAUUCUCUGCCCUUUAUAUUCUCUCCUUCCCCAUUUUCCUUCUUCAUUUUCUCCCUGACCAAUCACUUUCUUCCUGCCUGAGCUUCUGUUGAAAAUGAGACUCCGUCUCUUUUUCGCUAUUUUUCUGUCUCUCUCUGUCUCCUUCACGCCAAUUUCAGCUCGAUUGUUCCCUAAUGUAUCAUCUAUACCUCCUUGGCUUACCAAAAACGUGCCUCCUGGCGUUUGGGACGCCUUCCGGAACUUCACGGGCUGCCGUCCGGGAAGUAGCUACGAUGGAUUGGGUAAACUCAAGAACUACUUCCACCACUUUGGAUACAUCCCCAACACCCCUUUGAACUUCACCGACGACUUCGAUGACGCCCUUGAAGCCGCUAUUAAAACUUACCAGAAGAACUUCAAUCUCAACGUCACAGGCGAGCUCGAUGCGGAUACCCUUCAGCAGAUUGUUCGCCCUCGAUGCGGCGUCGCUGAUAUAAUCAACGGCACCAGCACCAUGAACUCCGGCAAGGAGAAUACCUCCGCCGCCAGUAAAGACUUGCACUUCCACACUGUCUCUCACUACACUUUCUUCCCCGGCACUCCGCGGUGGCCCCCCGGGACCCAAACUCUGACCUACGCGUUCUUGCCGGGCAACGGUCUCGCAGACGACGUCAAGAACGUGUUUGCCACCGCCUUUGAUCGAUGGUCGGAGGUAACGACGUUGAGUUUCACGGAAGCGUCGUCGUACGAAAUGGCGGACAUCAGGAUAGCAUUCUACACAGGAGACCACGGAGACGGAGAGCCAUUCGACGGACCUUUGGGGACGCUGGCCCACGCGUUUUCGCCAACGAACGGAAGAUUCCAUCUGGACGGGGCGGAGAACUGGGUGGUAUCCGGCGAUGUGUCGCAAUCGACGCUUUCAACCGCGGUGGAUCUGGAAUCGGUGGCGGUACACGAGAUCGGGCACUUAUUAGGGUUGGGACACUCAUCUGUGGAGGAGGCGAUCAUGUACCCGACGAUAUCGUCGAGGACGAGGAAGGUGACUCUGGCGGACGAUGAUAUUCAGGGGAUUCAACAGCUUUACGGGUCAAAUCCCGAUUACAAUGGCUCCACGACGGUGAUGACGGCUCGUGAGAACGACUCCAGCCACGGAGGCCGGCGACUCAGUGUGGUGGAAUCAACGCGGGGGCUACUCCUUCUGGUGGCCGUUGGAUUAGCCCAUUUGAUUUUGUAGUUUGUAUUUUUUUUUUUGGUUGUAGACAUUUAUUUUUAAAUUUUUUAUUGUGAUUAUAGAAUAUCUUAUUCUUGUACCUAUAUAGCUACUUACUGGUACAGCCGUUGCAGCUUGCAGUACAUCAUAGGGUGCUAUAUAAUGAGAGUUACAUCUUAUUCUCCGUUUGUUUUAAUACAGUACAGGAUUGAAUUUCAGCUUAUUAA